ACCUGUCGGCAGCCAAGCGCAAGUUUGCAGACUCCCUCAACGAGUUCAAGUUCCGCUGCAUCGGCGACGCAGAGACGGAUGACGAGAUCUGCAUCGCCAAGUCUCUGCAGGAGUUCGCCACGGUGCUGCGGAACCUGGAGGACGAGCGGAUGCGCAUGAUCGAGAACGCCAGCGAGGUGCUGAUCACGCCGCUGGAGAAGUUUCGCAAGGAGCAGAUCGGGGCUGCGAAGGAUGCCAAAAAGAAAUACGACAAGGAGACGGAGAAAUAUUGUGGUGUCCUAGAAAAGCACUUGAACUUGUCUUCUAAGAAGAAAGAAUCCCAGCUGCAGGAGGCAGACAGCCAGGUGGACCUGGUCCGGCAGCAUUUCUACGAGGUGUCCCUGGAGUAUGUCUUUAAGGUGCAGGAGGUCCAGGAGAGGAAGAUGUUUGAGUUUGUGGAACCUCUGCUGGCCUUUCUGCAGGGGCUCUUCACCUUCUACCACCAUGGCUACGAGCUGGCAAAGGACUUCAGUGACUUCAAGACAGAGCUGACCAUCAGCAUCCAGAACACAAGAAAUCGGUUUGAAGGCACGAGGUCCGAGGUUGAGUCUUUGAUGAAGAAGAUGAAGGAGAAUCCUCACGAGCACAAAAACAUCAGCCCAUACACGAUGGAGGGUUAUCUCUACGUGCAGGAGAAACGUCACUUUGGGACUUCCUGGGUGAAGCAUUACUGCACGUACCAGCGGGAAACGAAGCGGAUAACCAUGGUGCCGUUUGACCAGAAAUCUGGAGGAAAAGGG